GAAAUGACACAUUCAUGGCCUCCACCAUUAACAGCUAUUCAUACACCAAGCACCGCUGAGCCUUCAAAAUUUGCUUUUACCAACAAGGAAAGUCAGCAAGUUUCAUCUGUCAAAGUAAACCAGAAACAACAUGACACGUCCUCAAAAGUGUUGGCAAGCCCACAAACGGCAUCAUCCAUGUUGGAAGAUGAUCUCCAAGCUCAGCGAUAGUGAGGACAGUGAUGAAGAGGAGGAGGAGGUUACUGAGAAGCCACUUUCUUCAUCUGCUCCAUCAAGUGUUGUGCCAUCACAGGUGGACAGCGUGGCCUCAGCACAUUCCGGUAGUCUGGAAACUGAAGGGAGUGAGACUGACAGCUCGACAGAAACAGAGAGUGAAAGUGGCUCAAGUGAUAGUGAAGAGAAUACGCAUGACACCCAGCCAUCUGACUGGCAGUUGGGGAAUUUCAUGGUCAAACCUGCA